UCGUUGCCCACUCGUCGCGGUAAUUCCUUCUUUCCUUUUUCUUGCUUUGCCGACACUUUCAUCUCAAGGAUUCCCUCACUAAUAAUCUUUUUUUUAAAAAAAUUUAAAAUCACACUUAAAAAACAAAGAAAAUUACCUUGAAUAUCUUCAUCAUCACCCCAACUUUUUCUUUUAAUUUUUAAAUAAAUUUUUUAUUCGUCUCAUAAUUAUUUUAUAUAUAUACAAAGAGUAUUGAAAUUGGUUGCAGCAGGUAGAAGGGGUGAUGUUAUGGCGGCAAUAUAAUUUUAAAAACAUUUUUUUUAUACGAAAAAUGGAUUGGUACAAAGUUUAGGUACUAGUUCAAUUGUCUUCUUUUGUUUAUCUUUAUUCAUUGAUUCAAAUAUUUUGGUAGAUUUCUCUACUCUAUAAACAAUACCUUAUGGCUAUCUUCAUCACUUCUAUCUAGGUUUUUUCUUUUUUGAGUUUGGGUUUUCAAAUGGAAAUAUGUUAAUGGGGUAUCAUUUAUAAUCACAAAGUGUUAACUUGUAAAGUGCCUAGUGUUGUGGGGUAUUAUUAGAUUUCUUUUGUUUUUUUUUUUUAAACUUGAGUGGCGAUGGUGAUGGUGGGUUUUUUACGGAGAGAUUGAAAGGACUAUUUCAGAAGCUGGUAAGGUUCUUAAAAGGGAAUACUUAUAUGCUUUGAAAUUGAGGUAGUAACUGAGCAAGGAGAGAAGAAAACAUGCCUGCUAAUCAGAAGAAAAAUGUGUUGGUUGGGAUUCGAAUAGAUAGCCAAAGCAGGGAUUUGCUUAGUUGGGCUCUUGUAAAAGUUGCAGAACCUGGUGAUUGUGUUGUUGCAGUUCAUGUUUCCAGGUGUUCUGAUCAUGCUUUGGGAGAGAAGUUGAUGUUAGAAGGUUAUUUAGAAGUAUAUGAAGGACUAUGUUCAGUAAAGAAGGUUGAUCUUAAAGGCCAGAUAUUUAAAGGAAGUUCGACGCGAAAAGUUUUGAUUAGAGAAGCAAGGAACUAUGCUGCUGUAGCUCUAGUUGUUGGUAUAGGCAAGCAUAGUGCUCUUGGGGGUUGGACUUCCACAGCUAGAUACUGUGCAAAGCGGUUGCCAACAACUACCAAUGUUCUGGCCAUCAACAAUGGGAAAAUUGUUUUCAGGUCCAACAAUUACCAACUACCAGGUCUUAAAGAUGAUCCAAGAUCAAGUCUUUGCCUGAUUGAAAAUCCUGCUGCCAGAGACUGCCAAUCAGAAUAUGGUGAUUCUGAGGUAGGGUCUGAGAUAUCCAGUUUUGAAGGGAUUCAAAACUCCAAAAAUGGAUCAAGAACCAGUAGUGAAGACUCUAAGAAUGAUAUAUUGAGUGUUAUUCGCGAAGGCAAGAAAAUCUCUUCGAGGUCACUUUCUCUUUUUGCAGGAGAUAGUAUGGACUACAAGCCUGGUUGGCCCCUCCUCCUGAGGGCUAGUUCAGCAACACCACAAGCAAAGCACGCCAGGAGUAUGUCAGUUGUCAAAUGGGUAAUGAACUUACCAAGUCGUUCGCCACAUCAUACUCCUCGAUGCUCAACCAUCAAGGAAAUAGAGCUGAAUGGCAGCGAAGAUGAGAAUGAUAGGAGCAAUUCAUCUAUGCAAUAUGAGUUGCAAAAAUGCUUGGAGAUACUCCUGGAAACAAAUUCUUCUAAUUGCCAAUGGCUCAGUUAUAAAGUUCUAAAAGCUGCAACUGCUCAGUUUUCCACAGAGAACCUGAUUGGAAAAGGAGGGAGCAAUCUUGUUUAUAAAGGGAUCCUUCCAGAUGGCAAGGCAGUUGCUGUCAAGAUUCUGAAGUCAUCAGAAGAGGCAUGCAAGGAUUUUGCCAAUGAAAUCGAAAUAAUCUCCUCACUGAAGCAUAAACACAUCAUGCCUCUACUUGGUGUCUGCAUUAAAGAUUAUGAUCUAAUAUCUGUCUAUGAUUUCUCAUCUAAGGGAAGCUUAGAAGAAAUUCUGCAUGGGAAAAACAAAGAAAAACAUGCCUUGUCAUGGGAAGACAGAUAUAAUGUGGCCGUUGGGAUUGCUGAAGGCCUAAAUUACCUACAUAAUGAGCAUUCUCGACCUGUUAUUCAUAGAGAUGUCAAGUCUUCAAAUAUUCUUCUCUCAGAUGGGUUUGAACCAAAGUUAUCUGACUUUGGACUAGCAGUAUGGGGACCAACUGAUUCAUCAUUUCUGACUCAACCUGAUGUUGUUGGAACAUUUGGGUAUUUAGCUCCUGAAUAUUUCAUGUAUGGCAAACUUAGCCAAAAGAUUGAUGUCUACGCUUUUGGUGUUGUUCUUCUUGAACUGCUAUCGGGAAAAAGACCGAUAAGCUUUGAGAAUCACAAGGGCCAUCAGAGCUUGGUCAUGUGGGCAAAGCCAAUAAUAGAGAGUGGGGAUGUGAAAGGCAUACUGGAUCCUAGUUUAAAUGGAAAUAUCAAUAAGACUCAGAUGCAUAGCAUGGUUCUAGCAGCAACCCUCUGCAUCACACGGUCAGCUAGACUCCGUCCUAAGAUGAGCGAGAUACUGGAGCUUUUAAGAGGGGAAACAGCUGUUGAAAAAUGGGCAGAGACACAAAAUGAGAACACGGAAAGCCUAGACCAUAAUGAUGAUGAAGUUUAUCCAAAUUCAAGCGCUGAGUUACAUUUAAGUCUCGCAAUGCUUGAUGUCGAUGAUGAUUUGACAUCAUUUAGUAGCAUGGAGCAAAGCAGUAGGCUUUCCAUGGAGGAAUAUUUAAAAGAAAGAUGGAGCCGAUCAUCAAGCUUCAAUUAGACUCUAUGGCAUCCUGAAGCUGUUUCAAAACCAAGUUUGCCGCAAACCCAAUUUUUGGGAUGUGUUUGUACCUGUACAGCCGAGAGAAAAUAAAAGAAAAACAGCACCCAUUUGUUGAGGUGUGAUUUGGAGAUGUAGAAUAUUCUUGUCAAAAAAUGAUAUGAUUGAACCUAUUUUAAAGUUGUCAAAGAUUUCUGGAGUGAAACAUGGACAAAACAGAAGCAAAAUAGGACACUAUAUACUAGUUUUUAAGUAGUUAUCUGCUGCAAGAGAUCUACUGAAUCUCAUAGAGAAUAAAAAAUGGUAACAUUAAUCACUAAAACUAAAAAUGAAACAUUUUAUGAGCAAAGCACUUGGUCAAUGUAUUUUUGCAUGGUAACUUCUGCUAGUCCUUGCUGUUUCCCAACAAACUUGCUUAAUUAGCCCAAGUGGCCCAAGUGGCCCAAGUUGCCUUUUUAAUCCCACAUGAACUAGGAAAGUUGUUA